AUGUGGUCGGGCGUCGUCGCGACGUCGUGCUGGUGCUACCUGCGCGUCAGCUCCGUCAGCGGCGCGCUGCUCCUCGGCGCGUGCGUGUUCGCCAAGGCGAGCUUCGACAUGCUGGUCGCGCUCAGAUCGUCGAAGAGCGAGACCACCGCGAAUUGGUACGUCGAGGACGCGAACGAGGCCGUCCACACGGGACCAUUCGUGACGCCGCGGUACGGCGCCGAGGACGGCCGAGCCGAAGCCGCGUAG